GCGGGGUAAAAUGCCUUUGACAAUCACGGUUCUGAGUUGGUAAACAGCGUUGACCUCAUGGUGGAAGACGACACACUGUUAGGGGACGAGGCUGCAUAGCAUUGAAAAUAAAUCCAGACAUUCGUAAUUACUGGCGGUGUGAGGGAGACCCAACAUGGCAGGCGACAUGAUGUUGGUGAUGCGUGGCUUGGCUAAGCUGAGCCAGGCGGUAAUAGACACUCAGGCCAGCACACUGCGUAUUGGAGGAGCCCAGGCCAUGGCCCAGAGCAUGCAGAUGACUGCAGAGCAGAGCCUGGGAGUAGCCAUGCAGAAGAUGCAGGAGUUUGGUGGGCAGCAGCAAAGCAUGUCUGAUGACUUCCCAGCAGACAUAGACAGUAAGUAUGACUUCUCCAAAGCAGAGGGGAGCAGCAUGGACAGUGGGGAACACAUAGAGCCAGGGUUCAGAGAAGAGGGACAAGGCGUCUCCUCAGAGGGGAUGGGGACCACAGACAGCACGACCUGUGGGACAUACAACGUCCAGACCUCAGUCAAAUCCAAGCUGUUUGAGGGAUACAAGGACCCCAGCAGCCAGUUCUCAGGACAGAUCCGUUCCUACCUAUCCUAUAGCUCCUACCGCUCCUAUCACCAGGACGGCUCGGGGGUUGGGGGCCUCACGGCCGAGGACAUAGAGAAGGCCAGAGAAGCCAAGAGGAAUGAGAAACCACACAAGCAAAUGCUCAGUGAGAGGGCACGAGAGAGAAAGGUACCCGUGUCCCGGUUAGGGAGACUGGCUAAUUUUGGAGGUCUGGCUGUAGGACUGGGCUUUGGAGCGCUGGCUGAGGUAGCCAAGAAGAGUAUGAGGCCAAGUGAGGAUAACGCUGACAAGAAGGCCGUUCUGGACUCCAGUCCGUUCCUGUCAGAGGCUAACGCAGAGCGGAUCGUCAGGACGCUGUGUAAGGUCCGCGGAGCCGCACUGAAACUGGGCCAGAUGCUCAGCAUUCAAGAUGAUGCCUUCAUCAACCCCCAGCUGGCCAAGAUAUUUGAGCGUGUGAGACAGAGUGCAGACUUCAUGCCCAUCAAGCAGAUGACGAAGUCCAUCAACAACGACCUGGGCCCUAACUGGAGGGACAAGCUGGAUUCGUUUGAGGAGCGGCCAUUUGCUGCGGCCUCCAUCGGACAGGUCCACCUGGCUAAGAUGAAGGACGGCAGGGAGGUGGCCAUGAAGAUCCAGUACCCCGGAGUGGCUAAAAGCAUCGACAGUGACAUCAACAACCUGAUGACUCUCCUCACCAUGAGCAACGCACUGCCUGAAGGUCUCUUCCCUGAGCAUCUGAUUGAGGUGAUGAGCAGAGAGCUGGCACUGGAAUGUGAUUACAUAAGAGAGGCCAAAUGUGCCAAGAAAUUCCAGGAGCUGCUGAAAGACCACCCGUUCUUCUACGUGCCAGAUGUAAUAGACGAGCUGAGCAGCAACGCCGUCCUCACCACAGAGCUGGUCCCAGGCUUCCCUCUGGACCAGGCUGAACAACUCUCCCAGGAGCUCAAGAACGAGGUCACUAUCUGUGAGAAUAUCCUGAAACUUUGUUUAAGGGAGCUGUUUGAGUUCAGAUACAUGCAGACUGACCCCAACUGGUCCAACUUCUUCUACGACCCACAAACACACAGGGUUGCAUUGUUGGAUUUCGGAGCCACAAGAGGAUUUAGUGAGGACUUCACUGACAUCUACAUCGAGCUCAUCAAGUCAGCAGCAGAGGGAGACAGAGAGGGGGUUCGGAGAAGAUCAGUAGAGCUCAAGUUCCUCACAGGUUAUGAGUCAAAGUCCAUGGUGAAUGCCCAUGUGGACGCGGUGAUGAUCCUGGGCGAGGCCUUUGCCUCUAUGGAGCCUUUUAACUUCGGCGCCCAGAGCACCACGGAGCGCAUCCACAACCUGAUCCCCGUGAUGCUGAAGCAGCGCCUCACCCCGCCUCCCGAGGAGACCUACUCUCUCCACCGCAAGAUGGGCGGCUCCUUCCUCAUCUGCUCCCGCCUCGACGCCAAGCUCGGCUGCAAGAACAUGUUCCAGGAGGCCUAUAACAACUACUGGAGGGGCCGCCCCAACCGACCAAGCCAGUGACAAACACUGCAGAGGGCCAAUAGCAGGGCUACAGCAUCAGGUGUGGACUAUAAGGGGAGGGAUGUUGACCCUAGCCAGACUUUCUCUGCUGUUAAUUUAAUGUAUAUGAAUGGCACUUUUUUGCCCGUCUCUCCCCCGAACCAGAAUAUGUGUGUAUAUUCAUUACCGGUCCAAAGUUUUAGAACAUCUACUCAUUCAAGGGUUUAUCUUUAUUUUUACUAUUUUCUACAUUGUAGAAAAAUAGUGUAGACAUCAAAACUAGGAAAUAAUACAUAUGGAAUCAUGUAGAACCAAAAAAU